CUCCGACAGGGGAGGUCUGUACCACGGUCGUUCGUCUCGUGAUCUGACGAUAGUCCACGGUGGGUAGCGUCGCGACACACACACACGCCGUUCAAACGUCAGCGGUUCCAUCAUGUUGUGACGUAGCACUCGCAACGUCGCGUCGCGUCGAUCGUCUCGUCAUCGCGAAGAUGUACGCGCGAUAGGGGAUAAAAGCGACGCGUUGCCUCCGAGAUCGCGACCACCGCCACUCGCGAGCAACAGAUGUGACAUCGUACGCGGCUCGUUCUUUAUAUUUAGUUGAUCAAGAUUUCCUCAGUUAGUAACACACGGUACGGCACGCUCGGCAACGCUAAUGACGGAUCUCGGGCGUUUCACUGACGGGAGAUAAAGGGAAACGUUCUCACUGUUCGGGGACCGAGUCGUGGAUGGAUAACAUCGGCCACCGGCGGAUAAAUAAGAAAAAUCACCGCGGAAUCCACGCUCUCUCGCGAUCGCUGCGAGAAUCGUUCGCCGUUGCGCCGUUCUAAGGGCUCACCUGCGGCUUCGCUCGAGGGCACCGGAGCGCGCACGAGGAGAGUAAAAGGCGAAGGAAGAGAAUUCCUUUGUCCUCCGUGGCGGAGCGAGGUGGACGAACAGUGGAGAGAGGGACGGCCGAACGGAGCAGCACGCGGUCGAGUUUCUGCCUUGGAGUAUACCUGUCAGUGAAGCUCGACAGAGACGGCUGUUAAACGAGAGGAGAGAGACGCCCGGUGAACGGCCGUCGUUGUCGUUGCCAGCGGCAAAGGGCAACAACCACGCUGCGGCUGGAGUCUCUACCUACUAUCCAAGGCCAGGGCGUCGCGGCCCACGCGGUCCUUUGUAACCACGACGCGUCAUCCGCGGGCUCCGAGAAGAAGUAACGCAGUGACGAUCGAUCGCCCCUGUGUGAUCGCGCGAGAUGCCCCGGAAUCAUUAGCGACCAGCGCGCCCACUUUUCCUCGCUUCUUCCCCGGCGAUUUCGGGCGGGAGUGAAGGUGCUUCGGUUUCUCUCGUGAUCAUGCAGCGGCAGAGGCUAUCGGACGCCAUGACGAUGGUUAGGGCAGCUGUUCUCGCAGCUGUCCUGGCGCAGCUACUGGGCCCUAGCGUGGCCAACAGGCCCGCCGGUGCUCACCCCGGACACGCUUACUUCGAGCAGCCAUGCUGCGGCCGAUCCCACCUCAGACAUCACAAAGAACACGUGCGGGAAUUCAGCUGCGGCAUGCUGUACUACAGGACGCUCUAUCUGGACAGUAAGAGGGACGCCCUGUACGUCGGAGCUAUGGACAAGAUCUUCAGGCUAAAUCUGAGCAACAUCAGUCAUUCCAGCUGCGAGAGAGACGCUUUAAAUCUGGAACCCAGUAACGUUGCGAACUGCGUGUCCAGAGGCAAAUCGGAGCACUUCGACUGCCGAAACCAUAUAAGAGUGAUACAGCCAAUGGGAGACGGCAAUCGGCUUUACAUGUGCGGUACGAACGCGCAUUCGCCCAAAGAUUGGGUGAUUUACAGCAAUCUGACUCACUUACCGCGCCACGAGUUUGUCCCGGGGGUGGGAAUGGGCAUCGCCAAGUGCCCUUACGACCCUGCGGACAAUUCGACGGCGGUCUGGGUCGAAAAGGGCAAUCCCGGGGACCUGCCGGCUCUUUAUUCCGGCACGAACGCCGAGUUCACCAAAGCCGAUACUGUAAUCUUUCGCACGGAUCUCUACAAUUUGACUACCGGCCGCAAAGCGUUCAGCUUCAAGAGGACGCUGAAAUACGACUCCAAGUGGCUCGACAAGCCGAAUUUCGUGGGUUCGUACGACAUCGACAACCAUGUGUUCUUCUUUUUCCGCGAGACCGCGGUCGAAUACAUCAACUGCGGUAAGAGUGUGUACUCCCGCGUGGCCCGAGUUUGCAAGAGGGACACCGGCGGCAAAAACAUACUCGCGCAGAAUUGGUCCACGUACCUCAAGGCCAGGUUGAACUGCUCGAUACCCGGCGAGUUCCCGUUUUAUUUCAACGAAAUACAGAGCAUUUACAAGGUACCGGGCGAUGACACGCGUUUCUACGGCACCUUCACUACCUCGACGAAUGGCUUAAUGGGCUCCGCGAUAUGCUCCUUCCACAUCGACGCCAUCCAAGAGGCUUUUCGCGGAAAGUUCAAAGAGCAAGCGACCAGCAGUAGCGCGUGGCUGCCGGUCUUGUCCAACAAGGUUCCGGAACCGCGGCCAGGCCAAUGUGUUAACGACACAGAAACACUGCCGGACACCGUCCUGAAUUUCAUAAGAUCCCACCCGCUGAUGGACUCUGCGAUCUCGCAUGAGAACGAGAAGCCGGUCUUCUACAAGCGGGACGUCAUGCUCACGCGACUGGUCGUCGACAAGCUGCGCAUCGAUUUCGUGGGCAAUGAUUUGGAUUACACGGUCUACUACGCCGGAUCCAGCGACGGCCGCGUUCACAAGGUUGUGCAGUGGGUUGACAACAACGGCGAGUCGCAGUCGAUCUUGCUGGACGUUUUCGACGUCACGCCCGGCGAGCCGAUACAGGCGAUGGAAAUCUCAAAGGAGCAUAAGGCUCUCUACGUGGCGUCGGAUCAUCGGAUAAAGCAGAUCGAUCUGGUAAUGUGCACUCGGCGAUACGACAACUGUCUGCGAUGCGUCCAUGACCCGUACUGCGGAUGGGAUAAGGAUACGAAUACGUGCAAGCCCUACCAACCGGGACUCCUUCAGGACGUGUCGAACAGCACGGCGGACGUUUGCGACAGCAGCGUCGGCAAGCGGAAGCUCGUCGUCACGUGGGGCCAGUCCGUGCAUCUGGGCUGCUUCGUGAAGAUGCCGGAGGUGCUGGCGAACCAGGAGGUCCGGUGGUAUCAUUACAGCAAGGAGAAGGGACGCUAUCAGAUCGCGUACAAGUACGGCGCCGGCGGGGACAAAUUCAUCGAGACCUCGGAGAAAGGUCUGGUGAUCGUCGGCGUGAACGAGCAGGACGCCGGCAGAUACGAUUGCUGGCUUGGCGGCGCUCUUCUCUGCUCGUACAACAUCACCGUGGACGCGCACAGAUGUUCGGCGCCCGCCAAGUCCAACGACUACCAGAAGAUUUAUUCGGACUGGUGUCACGAGUUCGAGAAGUACAAGUCGGCGAUGAAGAGCUGGGAGAAGAAGCAAGCGCAAUGCGCCUCCAGGCAGAACGACAGUAAUCAGAAUCUACACACGAACGAGGUGUACGGCACUCCCCUCGUCUGAUGGAGUCGAUCGUUGGGUCCCCCGUCGAGCCGAGAUUACGACACGAUGAUACGCAUAAUCGUCCCGCCGAGGAACCACGGCUGGAUCACCACCGGCCGGGUCGGCCUGGCCUUCCUAUUGACCGGUCCCGUCACCGCGCUCGGCGCGCUCAUCACCCGAGGACUCUCGAGCGACUAAGACCGGUCCACGAGCGAACUGGUGCGAACGUAAGUGUGAAAGGACGUACGCGUGAUCGAUCGUGCGUACUAUCAGUGCCACUGUGUGCUCCGAGACUACCUUUCGUCUCGCGCCGCCGAUCGCGAGUGAUCAUCGAGAGUCGACGCCGGCUCGCGCCAGUCCCCCGCGGUCGGUGACCUACGGGGGAGGGGGGGGAUAUUCCAAUUUCGUUCUCGUCGUGCCCACACUUUUCCGUUCGUGUAUAUUUUCGUACUGGCUUCGCUGUAAAUAGAGACGUGUUGUACGUUGCGUACGAGCCAGAGGUGUGCACUGGACUCCUUGCCGGCGCGCGAGUGUUUUCUCAGCGAUGACGACGGAAACCGCCGCCGCGAAGGAACCGACGUCUCGCGUCGAGACGACGGGUGACCCUUCCGUUCUCGCCGUGAAUACCGAUACGAUGAGCGCGGUGAGUGCUGCUGCUCUUCGUGGUGAACGGACUACGUCCUUUGUGUCCGGGGAAUCGCGGGUAGAGUUCCGGUUCCUCGCGUGAGAGAGAGAGAGGCCGAUCGAUGCUGAAGGUUGCACGGAGAAGCGUCGCGCGGUCUUGUUUUCCUGGACUCUCGAUCAACGCUAGACGGAGAGAAUUAAUGUGUAUAUACGACAUCGGAGUCUCCCGUUUACGAAGGACACGCAAUGUUGAUCGCGAUAAUGAGAAAUAUCGCCGUAAUGAAAUAUCGAUCAUCGAGCGCGCCGCCGAUAUGAGAUGAAGCGCGCGACGCGCCGACGAGAGAGAAAGGCGCGUUCUCCUGCAGUCUUUCGCAUCCUGUGAUAGAAGCUCACCGAGGAGCGAGGUCGAGGUUGGCCAACGCGUGGAGUUUCCCAACGAGGCGAGGUAAGCGUCGACUCGCAACGGCGCGCGGCCGACGGAAGAAAGGAAAAACGUCACGUCGGAGGGAGAACAGAAGGAAAAGGAAGAAAAAAAAAGAAAAAAGAAAAACGAAACGUGGCCAACGGCGCGUUUACGACGUCACGCAGGUUACAUAUGAGAUUAUUAUCGGCUUAGAGACCUUCGUGCGAGCCGCGCUGCACACUGGUUAGCUUUCCAUAUCACGUUCGCCACUUUUGCGGCGCGCACGCCUAUUUUCUACUUGCACACCUCCCUCCCCCUUCCCUCCGCAUCCGUUUCCUUCAUUUUCCUCUUCACGUAUCGCAUCUCGACGAUCGCGAGCUGCCGCUAAACCGUUGUCUCUCUCGUUCGCGGAAACUUUCGCGCCGUCUCACCCGAUCAUCGUCAUUAGUCUUCGCGCACCUGUGAAGAGCGAGGGCGGCCGCGAGAAUGUCGCGGUUUUCGUUGGCGCUCGGCCGUCGCCCCGAGGCGCGUCGUGCUCGCGCGGAAGCUCCUCGAGAAGAACCCGUUCGCGCUUCGGUUCGGCGGAGAGCCGUCUUCGUACGUCUCAUCUGACCGCGCGGUGUCAUCGUCGAGAAUUCUCCUUCAAUCAAGGUGCUACGCGCGGGUCUGCUUUCUCCGCAGGAAACCGGUAAGGUCAGACCCGGGGUCUCUCAGACACUCUGUUACCAUCUCCUUCGAAUCCCGUCCCCUUAUCUGAUUCUUUCUCCCACGGAGACACAUACAUACACGGACAUAUAUAUACACACACACACGUACACACGCAUGCAUACGAGAAAUGCGCUCACGCGCCCACGAUGCGCGCUCGGCGCCCGUCUGUGUACGCGACCGGUGCACUGUACAUAUUACUGUACUUAGAAGUCACGUGUACACUUUCCGUAGGUAAGUCUAAUAUUAGUGUAGGAUAUACGUGUUUGCUUAUUAGUUUUCGAUGAGCACGGCCGGAUCUCUCAUUGCAUCCCGCGGUAACGCUGCGCAAACCGCUGCGUAACGACCGCAUCUCACACUGAUGAACGCGGUGCUGGGGCACAUCGAGGCGAGCGAUCGUUUCGACGACUUCCGGACUCGACGCCAUUGCGGGCUACUGAGAGCCGGCAUUCGCGAUUUUUCUUUCGUUUUCUUUUCACGCGUACACACGGCGCGCGCAUAGUUUACACGCCUAGACGACACCGUCGGAUUGAGUCCGCGCAGAGUGGCGCGCCGGUGUAAUUUAGCGAAAUCUGCUUCCCGAAAUCGCAAAAUUCAUCUCGACGUAUGCCCCCCCUUUUUGGUUCGCACCAUUUUGGUUUUGGCGUUUACACUCUUCGAAGCACCGAUGAACGAUCGUCGGUCCGAUCCUCUCACGGUUUUUUCCACCGUUGACGCCGAUACAGUUUUCUGUUGGUCGUCUCGACUUUUCACCGCCGCCCAGAAAGCUUUCUCCGCGAACGGACGUUUUUCUGACUUCGGGAUUCUCUCUGUACAUAGAUAAUAGCGUUAUAUUUUUAUAAAAACAACCUUGGCAGAAAAGGCUCUUUGCUAAAACGCGACGACACGUUUUUAAUCUACCGUCAGUAUUGCCUAUCUGCAUCUAAUCGAGUUGACUGACCGCGGUAACGAAAAAAAAAAAUGGAGAUAAAAUGGGGAGAGAAAUUGUCUCCGUGCGUGUGUGUGUGUGUGUGUAGACAACAUGUAAAUGAAUAUUUUUCGAGUUUCGAGUACGCGCGAAAACAACACGGGAAAAUUCGAUUUCGUACGCGCUUCACCGCUAAUUUUACGAAUGCAUACGUCCUCGUUUAACGAUCGUCCAUUGUAAAUGACGCAGGCUCACACUGUAGUGGAAUUAGCGUUCGUGUUAGCUCCGUCCGACUUUUCCUCGGAGAUCGACAUACAAUACAUUUUGUAAUCAACACAGCAGUACGUCUACCGGUGCUCGCGCAACGCGGUUUGUCGAACGAUCGACGUAUCGAGAGAGCACCCAGCCAGCCAGCCAUAAUCAGCAUACACAAUAAAAAAAAAAACAAAUCGUAGGCUAUAAAGAGUAGUAGGUGAGAUCAUGCGACGCCUUUCUGUACAUGAAUUUCUUCGUGAGUUUCCCCCCGGAAGACCGGUUGCGGGUCGAUGAUGGUUUCGCUCUUGCCCUUAGGUUUGUACAUAGACAUUUGUAUCGCGGCAUACAUGUUCACGGUAUCCUCGGAUAGUACAGCACGGAGAGUGAUGUCCGAUCGAGCCUAGGUGCGGGCGUACGUGCGUGCGCGUGUGCGCACGGUUCGCGACUGUUAUUAAACUUCUGUACAGAGAUCGUCGCGGACGACGAUUUACUUUUUGUACCUAUAGGCUCAACCUAAUCUACGCGGUGUAGGUGCGCGCGUUGGAAAACGAUAGGAUAGAAAGCGGCGGAGGAGGGCGGGGGGGUGCAAUGAUCGGUGAAGCGUUGAGGGAGACGCGAGAGAACGGAAAAUAAAACGGGAGGGUAUAGAUACCUGGAGGUGAGAGGCGACGCCCUAGGAGACGUAAGAGUAACACAAUAAUCGGUAAUCUAAUCCUCGAGUAUGUACUUAUUAUGAGCUUCAACAAGUAUUGAAUAGUAUUAUAACGUAAGUUUAAGGCUAGGCACUCGCGUUAAGGACAAAAAAUCGAGAGACUUCUAGACCGACCGGCCAGCCACGGCAUCGCGCGGAUCGGCGAGAGGACUCGUCGCCGAGAACCUCGAGAACCCAGCGAGCGUUUCCCGCGAGGGACGACCGCGACGAGACGUUUCUCGUUGUUCUGCUUUGUCCACUUGUACCUACAAAUCAUCCUGAAAUUCCUCCAGCCAUCAAACGACGUCCCGGAUCAUAAUAUUGGAUCGCAGACGCGUCUGGAUGUAGAAAAGGGCAUAGCGGUCGAGAGAGAGAGUUAUGUGCGUGUGAGUAUCUGUGAGCGUGUAUACAUCGCGUGCGUGUGCGUCUGCCUGGUAUUGUGUACGUAAACGCGAGCGCGCGCGCGAGGUGAUUGCGUGAUGUCACGGAUUGAUACGUAAAGAAUAGUAACCUACCUAUCGUAUAUCUAAAGAAAGUUAUGAGAGAGAGUAAAAGCAAACGUAAUAUUACGAUAGAAUAGUAAAGUACACGAACUUUGGCUAAGAGCGCCGUCGUGCAGUCCUCGACCACGUCGUGUCAGAUGCAUGUUACGAUAACGCGAAGAGCGUCCGCGAAACUGCGAGAGAAAGAGAGAGAGAGUAUGCGUGUGCGUGCGUUUGUGUGUAUGCAUGCGUGCGCGUGUCCGUUGUGUGUGCGAUGCGAGUGCACGAGGGCGCACUUCGGGUGGAGUAGGCGUGAUCACGGAAAGCAAUCUAAGUUGAACCUAAAGUUGUUAGAUAUAUUAUUUGUAAGAUUACUGUAUGUUGCGUGAAUGCGAUUGAUGCGGCGGGAUAUCGCGAGCGGAACGAUCGAUCGGCGACGGAGAAGGGAGGUUUACCUGCCCGCACGCUCACUCAUUCGCUCGCCCGGGGGUCGUCAUCGAGGGCGAGCAUUCGGCACUCGUCGAGAGACGAGUUCCUAAUGUCCCGAGGAAAAACACUUUCGGACAUCGCGUGAGCGCGCCUACGAAGUCCCAGUCGAUUAUCCCGCAACGUCGACCGCGAAGGCGAGAUAGACUAUAGCUCGGUUUAAUGUAUGCGAUACGGAAGCGAUCUUGGAUAACGCACUAUGGUGCGUUAUUCGCGUAAGGGAACGCAAGCGGGGAGAGGAGACACCCUAACUGAAUAAUUAGUUACGACGACAUACUACUACGAUACGAGGAGGGAGAAAGGAUAGCCGAUAACGACUUAUUAAAAUAUAUCACUAGGACUAGCCAACGACUGUCUUAGGUUUCGAGUAUCGGGGCGCGUAGACUCUGGUUUCUCGGGAGGUUAGGAGAGGGAUGGAACGGGGAGGGGAUUCCGCUAUACACAUGGCGCCGUGUACUCUUUGCUUUCUUUCACCCGCGGAAGAGAUUACGGACGCGGAAGAGCGGAUGUGAUCUGUUGACCGAUUUUCUCUUAAUUUCAUCCGCCAUUCUUUCUGCUCUCGUGUCUCCGGCACCGUUUAUCUCCCGUAACGCUUCUCUUUUUCCCCCGUUUCUUUCCUUUUUUUUCUCUCUUCUUCUUCUUUUCUUUCUUUUACGACAAAUCCCACACCUCGAAGCAGAAAAUUGGAGCGAGCUCGCGCAUUCUCAAGGGAAGGAUACGGCGAUGAUGAGGGAUGACUUUUUCAUGAUACGAAUGGAUUAUUAAUCUCUUAAUAGUUCAUUCGUAUCGUGAAAAACCUCAUCUUUCAUCACCUUCGUAUUCUUCUCGAUUCGCUCCCUCUCUUUCUAUCUUUCCUUUUCUUUCUUUCUUUGCAUUCUGCUCGUUCCUGUCGACAGCAGAGCGAUCAAGGGUGGAAAUUAGGGCCGGGCAGUAGCGCGCCGUUAGUCGUUUGAAGCUCGAAGGAGCCGAUAUACCGCUUACGGGAUUCAAUUUAGCCGCACAGCAAGGGACGGAUCCGCAUCGCUCGAGGUAACACCGCCGUAGGGCGGUGCAUCGACAGUUUUGUUUAUGGAACGUACUCGUGAAUAUCGAUCUUCGUCUCGAAGCGCCCCUGUCAAACGUUCUGUUUGUUCGCACCGGGCGAUAUGUUUAUCGAUCAAAUUAAUUCGGCCACACGCGUCACUCCGCAUUUGUCGAACAAAAUUACAGCUCUUUCCAAACUUGGCAUAAGCGUACCGCGCAACUACUCGAAAUGUGGAGGAGGGAGGGAGAGAGAGAGAGAGAGAGAGAGAGGAAGGGAGGGAGAGAAAGAGAGAGAAAUACGUAAGAGAAGACGUUGGUUUGAUUUAUAUUUUCAUUAUCUCUUUUUUUUUUUCUGCGAUUUCUGCGUUUUAAGGAUUACGAUACAGGAUCGUUUCGCGAGAAUCUGUGCAAUCGGCUUAUCGGCGCGACUUUAAUCCGCGCUCCAUUGCGUACAAAUUACAACCGCACGAUCGAUCGAUUCACAGUACGCGCCGCCUAAAAAUUCAGACUCGUCGUCACGUACCGUGCGAUUAUCAUCGUUAACGACACGAUCGUAGAUAACUUUUAGUUCAAAGAAUUUCGUACGAUAAGAGACCCUCUUAGAUAUUCACCUAUUACCUAAACCUAAACAUCCAAUCGCUAUUUUUAUCAAAAAAAAAAAAAACAUGUUAAAAAUCUUUAAUAGUUAUCCAUUGUUCACUAUUGCUAUAAUAAAGUUUUGCUUUAAUAAAUGA